AUGGGCGUGAGGGGUCUAACGACAUUCCUCAAUGAUAAUAGAUACUCUCUCUGUCAGACAGUCACUCUCAAUCUUGACAAUACCUCCUCUAGACCUUCCUCGUCGGCCGUGGUGGACGCUUGGGGACUCAUCUUCCAUCUCUAUCUCAAUAAUCUGCCAUGGGCUGCAGGUGGAGAAUACCUAGGUGUUUACCGUCUAACAAAAUACCUGAUACAAUCAUGGCGUCGAGUAGGUCUCGAGCCUUUGUUCGUUUUCGAUGGUGUCGCCCCGAUGGGGAAACACGAUACCAUGAUAAAUAGAAUGGAAGCUCGUCUUUCUUCGGCUAGACUCUUUUACUCCUUGUCACCUUCGACACGGUCUAAAGUCAACAAUAACGACACCGAAUUCAUCUUACCACCAUUUGCGUUUCACGCUUUCAACCACGCUCUAGAGAGUCUCAAUGUGGCAAGACAUUUCGUACCCGAAGGAGAGGCUGACGCUAUGUGUGUCGUUCUUGCGGACAGAAUGGGAGGAUAUGUCAUCGGGAGAGAUUCUGACUUUCUGAUUUUGGCCAGAGGAAGUGAGAACCUGAAAGGUUAUGUCCCUCUAGAUUUCUUACAAUGGAUCGACAACUCACCUCUUUACCACUCUACCAAAAACGAGGAUGGAUUCAAGAGCGUAACCCGGGGCAAAACAUCAUCACAUAUCAAUUCACUCAUCCCUAUCGGUUUUCAUCAACCAUCUUUAGUCCUCACUGUCAUCCCACCUCAGAUGCUAUGUCAACGACUUCGAUUACCCGCUUCUCUCUUACCCCUCUUUGCCUCGUUAUGCGGAAAUGAUUACACCUCUCCACUCGUCUUGAAGCAUCUUGAUGACUAUACUCUUCAUCACACAAAACGAAUCGAACGAGUGGCGCGCAUAAUCAGAGAGACAUACUUCUCCAAAGAUUUGCUUGAAUCACGUCAAGCUGGCAAUGCGGCAGAUAGGGGAGAUAGGAUGGUGGAAUUUGUCAAUCGGACAGUGAAAAAGAUGACAAUACGACCUUUUGAUUGUCCAGGACAACAAGAAGUAGUGGUGGACUCGGUUUUGGAUGCUACGGUACAUUAUAUACUUCCGACUGAAGACCAAUGUUGCUUAGCUUAUCCUCUUUGUGACGGGACGAAAUGUCGAGGUAGGGCGGCGGCCAAAGAGGCAUAUGCGGAAGCUAGGAGGAAGGGUCUGUUGGCCGGUGUGUCACAUGCUUUUCUUCAGCCAGAUAGAAUAUACCUACAACCUAUACUUGAAGAUCCUACUUUGGUAAGUCUGAGGGGGUCCAAUACACUAUUAGACAUCCGAAUAAAGUCAUACGAGAUCGCCUCUCAAGGUCUGGGAGGAUUCCGUUUCCCGUCGGCUCCUUCUUCCCAGAUUGAAACUCCGACACAGGAUCUUGAAAAGGAAGAUCAAGCUUUGAUUCGACUUCUUCAACCUGACUCUGUCUCUAUCGACACUUCUCUCAACCCAGAGACUCCUUCGACAUCUUCGAGCUCCACUUUUACACCAUCAUCUUCCUCUGUCAUCACUUUUCACACCGACACUCAACCAAAAGACCAAUUGCAAGAAAGCACAAAUACCAUUGUUGAAUAUCUACGUUCUUCCAAUCGAAUUGUCACCUAUUCUUUCUCUCUCUCCUCUCUCCCUACCUCCCCUCUACAAUGUCUACAACCCCUUUCUCAUCGACUGCAAACUUACCUGACCAUCCUUCAAUCCUACACACCCCUUAUCCUCUCCCUCCCUGUCUCCCUUCAUCCUCUCGUGGCUGGACUCCGAAUUGUGCUCCGUCUAGCAGCCGAAAGAGGAAGACCAGAAACGAAAUGGCGUGCUCAUGAACUCCGUUCCGUCCUUCGUGCAUCACUAGGAACAUGGUCUAUCUGGCUCGAUAUCCAUGUUCAAGAAUCUAUAACACGAAGAGAAGAAGAAGAACGACAUAUGCCAGGUGCAUUACCUUUAAGCAGUUCAUCUUCUCAAUUGGAAUAUAUGUCGUAUACUCCAAUAGGACCUUUAUUGAGUAAUAGAAAUUGUCAACUUAUCGCUCAGUAUCAAACUACAAUGUUGGAGAUGUAUCUCUUAGCACAAUCUUUAUUGAUACUUCCUCCUUCUCCUUCCUCUCUUGGUGAUUUGGGUGAUCGGUCGGAAUUGAUGGAUGAGAUGGAGAGACAACCUACACAUUUGAUACCUUUUGUUUUCAUCAAUGGAGAGGUGUUACAUUGGGUGGGGAAGAUGAAGGAACUCGAGUCAGGGGUAUGGAAAUGGGGUGAGAAGGAGAAAGAAUGGGAGAAGAAAUGUUGGGAAGCUAUAAUAGAUGGAAUGGAAGAUUAUAUCGUUGGUUUAUCUUCUGAAACUCCCCUCUCGGAUACUUUUCCAGAUCACUCGAAAGAGCAUGAAGCGGAUAUGAGUCGAAAGAAUAACCGGAAGAAGAAGAAAGGUGGAGAGCAAAAAGUUGAUUUGGGGAAGAAUCAAGUGGGUGAGAAUGGGAUGAAGGGAAGGUUUGAUAUUUUAUCUACUAUGGGGAUGGGGGAGACCUCUUCGUUCUGA